GUGCCCAUGUAGGGAACUAACAGAGUCACUGCAGACUUUAAUAGAGGGCUUAAUGAUAAGAGUCCUCAUACAUAUAGACUCCAUCAGAGACAACACUGACCAGUGAGCACACAUUUACAGCCAGAGGGAGACAGACAGUGAAUAUGGCCAGUAAGAAAGCUGCAGCUAAAAGGGGCAAAACUGCUCAAAGGGGCUCUUCUAAUGUCUUCUCCAUGUUUGAGCAGUCACAAAUUCAGGAGUUCAAAGAGGCAUUUGGCUGCAUUGAUCAAAACAGGGAUGGAGUUAUUAACAAAUCUGACCUGAAGGAAACCUAUGGACAAUUAGGGAAGCUGAACGUGUGUGAUGAGGAGCUGGAGUCUAUGUUAGCAGAGGGAAAGGGACCCAUUAACUUCACUGUCUUUCUCACUCUUUUUGGAGAAAAACUCAAUGGCACAGACCCAGAGGAAACCAUCCUUGCUGCUUUUAAACUAUUUGAUCCAAAUGGUACCGGCGUUGUCAAUAAGGAAGAGUUCAAGAGGCUGUUAAUGAACCAGGCUGAUAAAUUUACAGCAGAAGAGGUUGACCAGGCUUUUUCAGUGGCUCCAAUAGACGUGGCUGGGAAUAUUGACUAUAAAUCAUUGUGUUACAUUAUUACACAUGGCGAUGAAAAAGAGGAAGCUUGAAUACAAAACAAAUCAUUUAUUUCAUUUGAUCCUAAUCAUCAUCACGUCUAUCUGCACAUAACUUACUUCUAUGUAUUUAUCAGAUUUUAAAUCCAGUUUUCCAAACACAAUAUCUACUACCAAAUUCAAAGAUGUGAUUUCGUGACAGAUGCUGCAUCAUUCAUAUCUUUUUACAGAAACAAAUAAAAUCUAAACAAAUUUGAAUAAAAACUGUUA